GGGCACAUGGGGACACGGGGGUGCAGGUGCCAAGCACCAUGGGUUAGGCUGGAGAUCGGAAUCCGGCCGCCCCCCGACAGCAGCCGCCUCCUGCUCCUCGCGCGCCCCGGGCGCCACCAUGUCGGGCGACAAACUCCUGAGCGAACUCGGCUAUAAGCUGGGCCGCACGAUUGGUGAAGGCAGCUACUCCAAGGUGAAGGUGGCCACCUCCAAAAAGUACAAGGGGACGGUGGCCAUCAAGGUGGUGGACCGUCGGAGAGCGCCUCCAGACUUCGUCAACAAGUUCCUGCCUCGAGAGCUGUCCAUCCUGCGCGGGAUACGGCACCCGCACAUCAUACACGUCUUCGAGUUCAUCGAGGUGUGCAACGGGAAGCUGUACAUCGUGAUGGAGGCGGCGGCCACCGACUUGCUUCAGGCGGUGCAGCGCAACGGGCGCAUCCCGGGAUCGCAAGCGCGAGAGCUCUUCUCGCAGAUUGCGGGUGCCGUGAGCUACCUGCACUACCACCACCUGGUGCACCGCGACCUCAAAUGCGAAAACGUGCUGCUGAGUCCUGACGAGCGCCGUGUCAAGCUCACUGAUUUCGGCUUCGGCCGCCAGGCGCACGGCUUCCCAGACCUGAGCACCACCUACUGCGGCUCGGCCGCCUACGCGUCACCCGAGGUGCUCUUGGGCAUCCCCUACGACCCCAAGAAGUACGACGUUUGGAGCCUGGGCGUGGUGCUCUACGUCAUGGUCACCGGGUGCAUGCCCUUCGACGACUCGGACAUUGCCGGCCUUCCCCGGCGCCAGAAGCGUGGUGUGCUCUACCCCGACGGCCUUGAGCUGUCGGAGCGCUGCAAAUCCUUAAUCGCCGAGCUGCUACAGUUCAGCCCAUCCGCCCGGCCCUCGGCUGCCCAGGUAGAGCGCAACGGCUGGCUGCGGGCCGGGGACUCCGGCUAGAAGCCGGGGUUCUAGUUAUUCCCGCCGCACCAGGCCCAGACCCAGCGCGGCGCACGCGCGACCGGCGAAUUUCGGGAGACCAGCCAAGUUGCCGCGCGCCACUGCGCACGCGCCCUGUCCCUUCCUCGCUCCCAAAGGCAGAGGCCAGAGGAGGCAGGGUGUUGGAUUCUGAUUCCUCCCGCACAGCUGGAUAGCUGGAGGGCGCAUGCGCAUCCUCGAUUCCUACCCAGCAAGCUCCGGGAGGGGUGGGAGAGAAGAGAGAAGCAUUGCGCCUGCGCGGAAUGAGCUCCUCGCUGUGCCGUGGGUGGUGGCUGCGUGAAAAGCUGCUGGCCAACUGCAGACGCAAGGUUUCAAGUUGGAACCUGCAAUAAAUUCUCUCUUCCU